GACUUAGUCGAAUUAUCGUGCUCAAGUGGUGCUAAAUGAUGUAACAUGGGAGAUGAAUUUGCUGAUAGAUUAGAAUAUGAAACCAGUGGUCUUAGCACAAAUGAACACCAGAAAGAUUAUACGGAGAUUAAAUGGAGUGUUUCCCAUCGCAAAACCUCACGGGAUCACUUCAGCUGAAGCUCUGAACACAAUAAAACAAAAACUUUAUGAAGAGCUCGAGAUACACAAGUCUGGCGACAUUAAACUUGGCCAUGGAGGAACCUUGGACUCAACAGCAACAGGGGUUAUGGCUGUCGGUGUUGGAGACGGCUGUAAGAAACUGAAGUGUCUGUUGCAAGGCGAUAAGAACUACCGGGUGCAAUGUCAGCUUGGGAUUGCAACGGAUACAUACAAUGAGACUGGGAAAGUAAUGGCGGAAAUGGCCUAUGAUCAUGUAACAGAGGAAUUGUUAAGAGAUAGUUUAAGGGAAUUUCAAGGGAGAAUCAAGCAGGUGCCACCCCUCUAUUCAGCUUUAAAAAUGAAUGGAAGAAGAUAUUCAGAUCUAGCAAGAGAAGGUAUUGAGAUUACCAUAGAACCCAGGAGAGUGUUUUGCUAUGAAGUACAUCUGACCUCCUUCACUCCUCCGUACUUUGGCUUGUUUGUGUCAACAGGUCCAGGUUUUUACAUUCGAAGUCUAAUUCAUGACCUGGGACAAGCUGUUGGUUCCUGUGCACAUGUUCGGCAACUCCAGAGAACCAAGCAUGGUCCGUUCUCUCUCAGCGAUGCUUUACCUGAGGAUAAAUGGAAUGCUGAGCAGAUAAUCCAGUCAGUAACCAGAUUUAAGAAUAUUGUUGAUAAGUAUUAUAAAGAGUAUAAAAUGGCUGCUUGGAAAGAUAAGUGGUAAUGUUAGGGUUUUGUAUUGUUAUAAUUUAAAAAUAAUGGGUGUAUAGUCUUUCUGCAGGAAAGUUUUUAUAGAAUUAAAAUUAUAUAUUUUUUGUUUUGUACAGUGUGUUAUAUAUAUUUGUAUUUCUGAUGGACAAAUAUUUAUUAAAUAUUGU